UUAUCUGUUAUUCAGGAGGACUUUAGAGCAGGAAGAAUUAGCGUAGAAAAAACAGUGAAAUUACUUGAAAAGCUAGAUAUCCGGUGUGAUGAUAAUCAUGUCAAAUACGUUUUUAAGGAAAAUGACACACAUAGGAAUGGAAAAAUAACCAUAGAGGAAUUUAGAGCAAUUUAUCGAAAUUUUGCCUACAGAGAAGAAGUUGUUGAGAUUUUCAAUACCUAUUCUUCAAACCGCAAAAUUCUGUCUGAACAAAAUCUGACAGAAUUUCUUAGACAAGAACAGUAUGUUGAGAUGAGUAAAAUCAUUGCCUCUGAAAUAAUUCAAAAAUAUGAGCCCAUUGAAGAAGUGAAAAAACAACACCAGAUGACAAUUGAAGGAUUUAUAAGAUAUAUGAACUCAAACGAUUGCUUGCUAUUUAAAAAGGGUUGCACACGUGUUUAUCACGAUAUGACUCGUCCUUUAAGUGAUUACUUUAUUUCAUCUUCCCAUAAUACCUACCUGAUUUCUGGGCAGUUAAUAGGGCCAAGUGACCUUUGGGGCUAUGCAAGUGCCCUUGUGAAGGGAUGUCGUUGUUUGGAAAUUGACUGCUGGGAUGGAUCACAGAAUGAACCUGUUGUAUAUCAUGGCUACACACUAACGAGCAAGAUUCUGUUUAAAACUGUCAUCCAGGUGAUCAACAAGUAUGCAUUUACGGCAUCUGACUAUCCAGUGGUACUCUCUCUAGAAAAUCACUGCUCCCCUCAUCAACAAGAAAUAAUGGCAAGUAAUUUACAAAGUAUUCUUGGGGAUACACUUCUUUCUGAUGUGCUUGAAAAUUUUCCAAAUGAAUUACCUUCACCUGAGGCACUGAAAUUCAAAAUACUAGUAAAAAAUAAGAAAAUUGGAACAAUAAAGGAGACAAUUGAAAGACUGGGCAGUGACAAACAUGGCCAGAUAGUAGAAUGUGAAGAAGAAGAAGGAGAAGAUGAAGAUGAUGAUGAAGAAGAUUCAAAAGAACAUAUUGAUUCACCUUUGAUUAAAGAGUACAAAGAAAAAGAGAUGGAAGAAAAAUCAUGUUCAAAAAGGAAUUUCAGAAGUUAUUCUAGGAAAAAAAAGACCAGAAAGAUAAAAAUAGCCUUGGAGUUGUCAGAUCUUGUCAUUUACACCAAAGCUGAGAAGUUCAGAGGCUUUCAUCAUGCCCAACUUUAUCAGAAAUUCAAUGAGAAUAAUUCUAUUGGGGAGUUACAUGCAAGAAAACUUUCAAAACAAAAAGCUCGUGAAUUUAUCUCACAUACCAACAACUUCAUUACAAGAAUUUAUCCAAAAGCGACCAGAACGGACUCUUCUAAUUACAUUCCUCAAGAAUUUUGGAAUGUAGGAUGUCAGAUGGUGGCCUUAAAUUUCCAAACCCCUGGAUUACCUAUGGAUCUGCAGAAUGGGAAGUUUCUGGAUAAUGGAGGCUGUGGAUAUCUUUUAAAACCAGAAAUCCUGAGAAAUCCUAAAUUAAACUUCUCUCCAAAUGAAUUUAAAGAAUAUAAUCCAACCACACUUUCAAUAAAGCUCAUAAGUGGUUUCCAGUUGCCUCCUACUUAUAGAAAUGAUCCACUAGUGCUGAUAGAAAUAUAUGGCAUUCCAGAUGACCAAACAAAACAACAGACUCAUGUAGUUAGAAAAAAUGCUUUUACUCCUCGAUGGAAUGAAACUUUCACAUUUACCAUCCAUGCCCCAGAAAUGGCACUAGUACGCUUUGUUGCUGAAAAUCAGGCUACAAUAGGUUCAAAUGAAUUCCUUGGACAGUACACAUUACCACUGCUAUGCAUGGAUAAAGGUUAUCGCACUAUUCCUCUAUUUUCCAAAACAGGUGACAAUCUUGACCCUGCUUCAUUAUUUGUUUAUGUGUGGUACCAUGAAUAG